AUGUCAGCUGGAAAUGUAACUUUUGUGAAGGACUUUUUCAUUGUUGGCUUUCCUGGACUUAAUCCUAACUACUAUGCCCUUGUAUCUGGAGUUAUGUUUUUUGUUUAUUUUUGCAUCAUGAUAGGGAAUGGCAUUUUUCUAGUUUUGUUUGCAACACACAAGUGUCUCCACAAAUCCAUGUAUUUUGUUUAUAUAAAUCUUGUGUUAUCUGAUAUGUUGUUCAGUACAUGCACCUUACCAAAGAUUAUUGCUAGAUAUUGGUUUCAAGAUGGGACAAUUUCUUUUGCAGCUUGUUUUUUCCAGAUGUACCUAGUGCAUUAUUUUGGUGUGGUCAAUUCAUACACACUAGCCAUAAUGGCCAUGGAUAGAUAUAUAGCAGUCUGCUUUCCUUUACGGUAUCAUACUUUUAUGUCAAACAGAAAUAUAUUAAUUCUGAUUAUAGUAGUCUGGGUUUUUGCUCAUCCUAGCAGUAUAAUGAUGGUUGUUCGGGCUUUUCCCCUCCCUUAUUGUGGAGCCAACAAUAUUGUACAUUGCUAUUGUGAUCAUGUAUCUAUUACUCGACUUGCAUGCACUGACAGGACACUCUAUAGUUUUCCAGCUUUUGUUUAUGCCAUGGUAGUUUUACUGGGAUCUCUUGGUAUUAUUCUUGUUUCUUAUUCCUUCAUUAUUUUAGCUGUACUACAAAUAGCAACUGCACAUGGACGGCUAAAAACCUUUUCCACAUGUAGUUCUCAACUUAUUAUAAUUUUUCUUUUUUUCUUUCCCAGGUGUUUUAACUACUUGGCUGCAUAUGCAGGUAUCAUAUUUAAUGCUGAUUUACAAAUAGCCAUUAUUAUGCUUUAUAGCCUGAUACCUCCAGUUAUCAACCCAUUAAUCUACAGUCUGAAAACAGAAGAAGUUAAGAAAAUAUUGAUAAGAAAAUUUCCAAAAAGACGAAGGUAG